AUGGCGACAGCCGCAGCCGCUUCCUCGGCCUUGUGCGCGCUCGAGCGACGCGACGUGCAGCGCAUCUGCAGCGGUCAGUCGAUCGUCGACCUCGCGACUGCCGUCAAGGAGCUCGUGGAGAACGCGCUGGACGCCGGCGCGUCGCACAUCGAGGUGAAGCUCCAGGAGUUCGGUCGAGACGCCUUCGAGGUGAGCGACAAUGGCGCAGGUGUCCGGCCCGAGAACUACGCGGCCUUAGCGCGCAAGCACUUUACCAGCAAAAUCCGCCACUUUGACGACGUUCUGCGCGUCGCGUCCUUUGGCUUUCGUGGCGAAGCGCUGAGCGCGAUUUGUGAGCUGGCGGCCAGUGUCACUGUGUGCACGAGGACAGCGGACGAGGCCGUGGGCGCGCUGCUGAAGUACGAUGCAAGUGGAGCGCUGGUCGACGAGGCAAAGCGAGCGCGGCCCGUGGGCACAACUGUCACAGUGACUGAGCUGUUCAAGCCACUGGCGGUUCGGCACAAGGAAUUCCAGCGGAAUAGCAAGAAACACUAUGCCAAGCUGCUGAAGGUGCUGCAAGCGUAUGCUGUGAGCUGCGAAGACGUCAAGAUCAGUGUGUUCAAUACCGUUGCUGGGAAAAAGGAUGCUGCUCGACACGUGGUGCUGGCUACACAAGCACACCAGACAAUGGGGGAGAACAUUGCCAAUGUGUUUGGCACCAAGUUUUUCAAGACGCUCGUACACGUCGACUUGGAGCUGCAGAUUUCUUCUGGGGUAUUGGAAAAACACAGCAAGGACAGGGAGAAACAUGAUGGCAUCAAAAACGACUGUGAAGUGGCAAAAGCUGGUAGGGGGGACCAGGAUGCUUUUUUGAGCAGACUGGAACGGAAAGUCGUGGGCUAUGUCUCAAAAGUCGGUGCUGGCGUGGGCCGCAGCGACAAUGACCGACAGUUUUUUUUCAUCAAUGGGCGACCGGUUGACUUGCCAAAGGUGGCAAAAGCGCUGAAUGAAGUAUGGCGACAGUACGAAAUGAAGCACAAACCCGCAUGUGUGCUAGACUUCCGCCUUCCGCUCGGCGAAUACGACGUCAAUGUCACCCCGGACAAGCGAGAGGCGUUUGUAAAGCACGAAGCAGAAAUUGUUGACGCGUUCAAGUCGGGUCUAAAUCGACUUUAUGAGCCAAGUCUGGGCAAGUUUACAGUCCAGCCUUUGUUCACAACGUUCGCUCCUGUUGCAAAGGCCGAAGCCUCCGCGAAACAGUCCACUUCUGUAUCACUGCAUGACCCAGCCGAGCAACUCCAGCGCGUAUCUACUUCUGAGACCGACAUCCAUGAUGAAGGGGUACUAGCGGAAGUCAUGUCAUUGAAGAAAUCACAUCAGAACGGCCGAAACGAAACGGAAGUGGCUGGACAGUCCGUUGCUGGAGAUUUCCGACCAAAGGUCGACAGGGCUGAAAGCGCGGGAAGUAUGCGUCCACGUAAUGGCGGCAAUGAUGAAGGACCACCAAACAGGACACAUCCGUCGCCAUCUGUAGACCACGCCGUACACGGAUCGCGAAAGCCCGUGAAGAAGCGGAAAUUAGACUCAUCGUUGCUGACCCCUUCGACACCGGUGGAACAUACGUGGUCAUUGCGCCAGAUGAUGAGACAGCGGCAGCAGUAUUUUGAAGAAGAAAGGGACUACGGGCAAAGAAGAAAGACUAGCCACGUUGAAAUACCGAAGGCAUGCUCGACUUCGGUGAGUGAGAACGCUCUCGAAACAAAUAAUGAGGUCGCGACCGCAGCUCUGCAGCGCGUGCUGAAGAAGGAAGAUUUCAAGCGCAUGGAGGUUCUCGGCCAGUUUAACCUUGGUUUCAUUAUCAGCAAGCUGGACAACGACCUGUACAUCAUUGACCAGCACGCGAGCGAUGAGAAGUAUAAUUACGAGACGCUGCAGCAAACUACAGUUAUGCACCAGCAACCUCUUGUCCGGCCACUCCUGCUGGAGCUAACAGCUGGAGAAGAGCUGGUCAUCUUGGACCAUCUGAAGGUGUUUGCAAAAAACGGAUUCACGUUUUUGGUCGACAAGAACGCGCCAGCAACAAAGAAAUUGAAGCUGCUGUCGAUGCCUUUCACAAAGCACACGCAAUUCGGCACUGAAGAUGUUCGAGAGCUGGCGUCUCUGCUGAUGGACACACCGCUGAACUCGUCUACGAUCCGUUUGCCCAAAGUGAUGGCAAUGUUCGCAUCUCGAGCGUGCAGAAGCUCCAUCAUGAUUGGCACUGCUCUCCGCAGAGAGGAGAUGCAAAAGAUCGUUCGUAACCUCUCUGGCCUGGACCAACCAUGGAACUGUCCGCACGGCCGUCCUACACUUCGCCACUUGGUUGACCUCUCGCAUCUCGGUGAAAACAACUGCAAUCCUGACGACAUAUCGCCGUGA